AUGGAGCAGCUCUCUCUAUCAGGCAUCUCACCGAAGGCGGACUUUGAGAAUAUUCCAAUCAUUGACGUCGCAGCUUUAAAGAGUCCGGAUCGCAGAGAACGACAGAGACUAGCGAGGGAAAUCUAUGAUGCCUGCACACAGGUUGGGUUCUUCUACAUUAAGGUGACUUACAUCUCUUCACGAUUCCAAAUUCCACUGAUCAUUAACAUAUGUCCUGCAGAAUCAUGGGAUAUCGGAGGAGCUAAUAAUGGCUCUUCACGAUGCGGCGCAUCGAUUCUUCGCCCUCCCAGAAGAGCAGAAAAUGGAAUAUUCUGUGGCGAAGUCGAAGAGGAAAUAUCGAACGCUGAUGAUCCGUGUGAGCGCACCGAUACAAAUAAUAUAGGCGCGCUUCUGGAAUCAUUUGAUAUCGGUUAUGAAAUCCUCGCUGAUCCCCAACGUGCAGCAGAUGAUGUGCUUCCCCCAGACACAUAUGAUCUAUACGGAGACAACCAGUGGCCCAGCAAUGAGGUGCUUCCAAAAUUCCGAGAAACGUAUUUGCUGUAUUGUGCCGAGGCACUCACCCUCUGUCGAAGACUAAUGAGAAGCUUUGCACUUGCCCUUGGCCUCGACGAGGGUUUCUUUGACCCCGUGAUGAACUUUCCGGGGGUCACAUCCCGCCUCUUGCAUUACCCACCCCAGACUGUGGAGGGAGAGGUCAGAGAUGGGCUCGGGGCUCACACGAUAACGUACCCGCAUUGCAAGUCCGUAACGCUCGCGGCGAAUGGGUGGUGGCGCCUCCUAUUCCAGGGACGCUGGUUGUGA